GUUGUCGUCAACGUGCCGUGACACAUCGGUUAGAUUAUGAUUAUGUAAUAUCAGUCUAGCCAGACUCAGUGCCAAAUUGACUAGGUCACAGCGUUCCCGGCCAGUCUUGUGCUUACUAGACAAGCAAAUUAACACUCGGACUCCAGAGGCAUCAUGGGAAGACAAGCUCACAUCCUUGCACUCGUAGCCCUGUUUAUUAUGACUCACUUUACAACAGUUGUGGCAGGAGCAUGGCAUGUCUCUUUCGAUCGUCAGGGAAUCCCCGUAGUAAAACGCGAAAUCGUAGUUGUCGUUGUAACUUGGGUAGCCCUUCGAGCAUUGUACUGUACCCUUGGGGCUACAGGGUAGGCCCUCAGGAGGGCCCUGGGGAGUUAUGAUAAUGGAGUCUUCAGAUGCGAUAGCUAUUC